AGCAACAACCCGAACCAACAAUCACACACUGACUACUUUGUCAACAAUCGUCUUUGAAGGAACUGCAAGUCAAGAAGAGUACACUGCAACCACCCAAGCUCGAAAGCAGCCCACUUUUUCAGGAAACAGUGUUCAAGAAAAUAUAAUCGAGGAUGUUUAUAUUGAAACCUUUGAUCAGAAGAGGAAUAUUAGUGGAACGUCAGUACCUAGCGAUAACAGUUCAGAAAGACGACUACAGAAUUCAAUGUCAAACCCAAUCUUGUUUUUCAUUGGUUCGAUUACAACGGUUUUCAUUGGUGGAGCAUUUAUUUGUUUUCGAAAGAGAUUCAUGGAGAUUUUCAUAAACAGAUAUGAAGGAGGGACACAGCCAAUAACUAGAACUCCACCCACCGAUCGCGAUUCCGGUUACGAUGAAAUUCGUUACUCACAACUCCUCAGGAAUAGUAACAUCUGUGCAGAAGUUGGUGCAUCAUCGCCUGGUUAUUCCUCAAAGAGUCAAUAUUUACUCUCAGUUUUUUAUGAUAAUUAUGAUGACGACAAUGAGGACUACAGUCGAUUGCUGCUUAAGCUAAAUCGGAGCACUUGCAUCCCAAAGAGAAAAAACCUUCUAGAGGAUGAAGGUUAUGCUUUCUUACGAAAAAGUGACAUCAAUGAAUUGAAAUAAGACAUUCUCAUCCAAAAACAUCGAUCUCUUCCCACAUUCGCAACAAUUCAUAACCAGAUAUCGUCUACCGACUUCAAACCUUUAUCACGAUGUCUGUCAGAAAAUAAUAUUCUACGCUCUACACGUUUUUCUCCGAGUUCAUUUGAAACUAACUGAAACAAGUGAUUUAAUAUAGAAUUAAUACUUGUCGUAUCCCUCCUAAACGAUAUGCGUAAUGAUUUGUUAAAAAUUGCAUCAUUGCGUUUCCAAGGAGAUAAUAAGAUAAUAUAAAAACUGUUUAUUAAUGUUCCACUCUAAUGACCGCAUAUUUUAUCUUAAUUGUCCUUGGUAUAUCAGCAAUGCCUGCAAUGGUCUGUUUGAAUGAGAAAUGUGAAUUUUUGAUUAUUGAAAAGAUCAAUGUCAUUUUCAAAGAAGAAA